ACGAACUUCAACCAUUUUCCACGACACAUGAAUGUGCAAACACAGUUUAAAACGCGUGUAGGGUAGUUUAAAGUUUUAAGAAAGAACAGUCUAAAUGGAGGUAGUUUAAGCACUUUUGUCAACUAGCUUCGGGCAACAGACGAAAGCUAGAGCCGCAUGCACGAAUUCAUAAACACCUCGAGCUUCUUUAGUGGGUGAUUUUCAGCGCGUUCUUUACUGUCUGUAAAAUCCGACUCUGGCUAAUCGAUUUACAGGUUAGGAUUAGCUAAUCUCGCAGCAGUAUUGAUGAGGGGAUCCGUAAUGUGGCGGGGAGUUAACAUUCUGCACAACACCGGUGGAAGCGCAGCUCUCGUUGCGUCUGGCUCAGUGUGUGUUUCAUUGCGGCACACAGCGAUCCGGGUUGAACCUCGACACCAGCCGAACACACGACGACGACGGAUCAUGUCUGCCUCUCAAGCGACACCAUCCAUCCAGAUCUGCAGGAUCAUGCGUCCUGAUGAUGCCAACAUUGUUGGAAAUGUUCAUGGUGGUACAAUCCUGAAGAUGAUCGAGGAGGCGGGGUGCAUCAUUGGGACGCGCCACUGCAACACUCAGACAAGGGAUCGCUGCGUAGCGGCUCUGGCCCGGGUGGAGCGCACUGACUUUCUUCAUCCCAUGUUCAUUGGUGACGUGGCUCACGUGAGCGCUGAGAUAACCUACACGUCCAAACACUCGGUCGAGGUGCAGGUCACCGUUCUCUCCGAGAACAUAGUCACAGGAGGCAAAAAAGUGACCAACAAGGCAACACUGUGGUAUGUGCCUCUCUCUCUUCAAAAUGUCGACAAAAUCAUUGAAGUUCCUCCUAUCCAGUACUCCAGUGCAGAACAGGAGGAAUCAAGUAAAAAGAGAUAUGAGGCUCAAAAACUGGAGCGACUGGAGACAAUAGAGAGGAACGGUGAUGUCAUCACACCUGUGUCUCUUCCAGAGAGACACACUAAAGAGCCCUAUACCGUUGGAUUUAGUCAGUCGAGUCUGAUUCAUCUCAUCGGCCCAUCAGAUUGUACCCUGCAUGGAUUCGUACAUGGAGGUGUGACCAUGAAGCUGAUGGAUGAGGUGGCCGGGAUCGUAGCUGCCCGGCACUGCAAGACAAACAUCGUGACGGCAUCUGUGGACGCCAUCAACUUCCACCGCAAGAUCAAGAAAGGCUGUGUGAUCACCGUCUCGGGCCGAAUGACCUUCACCAGUAAUAAAUCAAUGGAGAUCGAGGUUUUCGUGGAUGCUGAUUCACUGGUGGAGGCCGAGAAGGGCAAAUAUCGCAGCGUCACAGCUUUCUUCACUUACAUCUCCCUCGACAAGGACAACAAACCGCUGGCCGUCCCGCCGCUGAAGUUGGAUGGCGAGGAGGAGCAGGAGCGUUUUGAAGAAGGAAAGGCCCGUUACCUGCAGAACAAAGCAAAGAGACUCGCAGAUCAAGAACGACCGCAGUGAUUUUCAUCAAUACAGAUGAACCUCUCGCUCUCUUCUCCUACAUGUAGCCCACUAUGGAAGUUUUGCUUUACUUUCAUUUAUAAAUUCAUUUAUUUGAUUGUCAGUAUACCAAAGCAAUAUGUGUGUAUCUGUAUGUCAAAUGAAACACAAAGUGAAGAUGUAUGUAUUAUUAGAUCUGAAGUGAUGCGCACAACUGAACUGUAUUGUACACAAAUAAAAGCGUUCAAUGACAAUGAAAUAUUUGGAUGGUU